CGGAAUCUGUGUGCGAGGUUGUACAAGGAGAUGAUGACGGGGAAGGAGAGGAGCAGAUGCUGCGAUGAAUGACGCUUCCAGGCCUGGGAGUCCGACAAGGAGGAGUAUCUUCUGACUGAGCAGCGCCGAUGUCCAGUCAUUUGGGGCCAGAAUUAUAUAUUAAGCAUCGUUAAAGGAAACCAGCUACUGCGUACUCUCCCAAGGUCAGGAGUCAGAAAACAACGGGCAAGUUGUCCGUGUGGCACAGAAAGACUAUGGAUUCAGGUGUACGUUCUGCAUUGUUGCUGCUGGGGGUCAUUGCAGGUUACCUCUGUGAGAAGUGUAGGGAUGGAGGAACCUACUCAAAUGCAGUUAUUUCCCCAAAUCUGGAAACCACCAAAAUCAUGCGGGUGCCUCAAGUCAGUUCUCUGGCUGCCUGCACAGCUGCCUGUUGUGACCUGCCCAGCUGUGACUUGGCCUGGUUGGUUGAAGGUCGGUGCUACGUUGUGAACUGCCAGCACCAGGAGAGCUGUGAGCCCAAGACAAUAGACCCUGUUAAGUCCUAUCUAACUUUUGUGCUGCGGCCAGCGCAGAGACCACCCUCCUUACUAGGAUAUGGACAGAUGAUGCCCAAUAGGGGUCAUCCCAUGGCGAUUCCAGGAGGCCCGUCUGAGGAGGCUAGCAGACUUAGAGACUUACCCUUCUUGGGGAAGGGCCAUAGCUUAGAAGAGUUACCUGAGUAUACAGAUGACUAUAGGGAGAUGGAGCCUGACUCCUUCCAGUCCAGUGGCAAGCAGGUGCCAAAGGGUGGUGCUGACUACAUGGACUGGGGUCUACUGCCAAACACUGAAGGUCCUUUCAAUUCCUCUGUGGGAAAUGGCCAUUCUCUGGCAGAGAAAGAGAAUGGGAACACCAGGUUAGAUCACCUGGCAAGAGGGAAUGAGUCAGAGUGGGCCACUGUCCUGGAUCACUUUCCUGAGGGAAGAUCAUCACCAUCCCUGGAGAAGAUCCCACUGCCUGGAAAGACACGAGAAAAGGAGGAAGCCUUUCAGCCCCCUGGACAGGCUAGCAACAGCCCCGGAGAAGAGGUUCUAAUGCCUUCCCAUAAUCCUCCUUCAGCCAACCUGGAGUUCAGUCCAACCAUCGUGGAGAAAAGCCCAAUUCUAACAGUAACCCAGCAGAACUCAGAUCAUGGGAUUGAAGUGUUUCCCACUGACACUGGCCCCUCUCAGUCCACCCUAACUGAGCAGAUCACCUCUCCCACCACUGCUCCAAGUACAGUCAAAGAACUCACGGUGUUUGCUGGAGACAAUGUACUGAUCACUUUACCCCAAAACGACGUUCAGCUGAAGGCCUUUGUUGUUCCAGCACCCCCUUCAGAAACAAGUUACUACUAUGAAUGGAGUUUGAUAAGCCACCCCAUGGACUAUCAGGGUGAAAUUGAACAAAAAUACAUGCAAACUCUUAAUCUCUCUCAGUUGCCUGUAGGCCUUUAUUCCUUCAAAGUGGCUGUUUCUGGUGAAAAUGCUUUUGGAGAAGGAUUUGUAAAUGUCACUGUUAAGCCAGCAGUGAGAACCAAUCAGUCCCCGGUAGCAGUAGCUUCUCCCCAAGUACAAGAGCUCUUCUUGCCCACUACUUCAACCUUCAUUGAUGGCAGUCAAAGUACAGAUGAUGCUAAAAUCGUGAGCUACCACUGGGAAGAAAUUAAAGGGCCCCUAAGAGAACAGAAGGCAUCAGCUGACUCCCCAGUCUUGCAUUUAUCUAAUCUUGUUCCUGGGAAUUAUACUUUCAGGUUAACAGUAAUAGAUUCAGAUGGAGCUGCAAACUCUACUAUUGCAUUACUAAUAGUCAACAAACCUGUGGACUACCCACCUCUUGCCAAUGCAGGACCAAACCAGGUGAUAACUUUACCACAGAACUUCAUCACCCUCAAUGGAAACCAGAGCAGCGAUGACCACCAGAUUAUCAGCUACGAGUGGUCACUGAGCCAACAUAGUAAAAGCAAAGUUGUAGCCAUGCAG